CCGUGACUGCCGCCCCCCCCCCCGCAGCCCCCCUGCCCGUGGUUCCGGGCCGGCCGGGGCCGGGGCCGCGCCGCCAUGCCGCGGUACUGCGCCGCCGCCUGCUGCAAGAACCGCGGCGGGCAGAGCGCCAGGGACCGCCGCAAGCUCAGCUUCUACCCAUUUCCACUUCAUGAUAAGGAGAGACUUGAGAAAUGGUUGCGGAAUAUGAAACGAGAUGCAUGGACUCCAAGUAAACACCAGCUUCUAUGCAGUGAUCAUUUUACCCCCGAUUCCCUUGAUGUGCGAUGGGGUAUACGAUACUUGAAACAUACAGCUGUACCAACAAUUUUCUCUUCCCCAGAUGAUGAGGAAAAAGACUCUUCUCAGAACAGCCCACAAGAGAUAAGGAGAGAAGAUGUGGAAGAAACAACUAAAAAUGUAGAGUCCGAGAAAGUACCUGUAUCACUUGAACUUUGUAGACCAAAGAAAAGUCCUGCAAUGGCAGAAAAUCUAGAUGAAAAAGCAGAAGUAGUCUGCUCAAUUGCAUUGAGUAAACCUUUACAAAUGCAAAAACUACAAAACAGAGAAGACUUUCAGGCAGACAGUGUUAUUCCUGAUAAUUCAUCUCAGCAGCAUAUACAUCAGCCUGAGCCUGUUUUAUUGGCAACAACAGUCCAGAACGUGGAAACUGCCAGUGUUCAUACUUCUGUGGAGGAUUCAGUAAGUUGUGCAGCUACAGUCUUGCAAUUUUCAGACCCUGAUUACUUGAAUUCGUCUCUGAAAUUGAACAAUGCUUUGGGUUCAAUAACUGACUAUGCACUUGAAAACCCAAACUCACACAUUUUAGGCUGUUCUGUUGAAGUACAGCCUACAAGUGAAAACACAGUUUUAGUCAGUACGGUCACACAAGCUAUUGAACAGUUCAGUGGAGGUGAAGAAUCUGUCAUUGCCAUCAUCCUACCAGCUGAGAGUCCAAAAGAGUCUGAAAUAAUAGAUAGUUCUUUCCCAGCUAUUAAGGAAGAAUUUCUCGACACGGAAGAAGAAGAAACAGAUAAAUCUGUGUAUGUGAAUGUGUAUAGUGGAAGUGAAGUGUUACAAACUGAGCAUUCAUACUGCAAACAAGACAUAGACAGAGAGCUCCUCUGGCAAAAAAUUUCAAAGCUCCACUCUAAGAUAACUCUACUUGAAAUGCAAGAGAUACAAACUCUGGGGAGACUCAGGUCCUUGGAAGCUCUUAUUGGACAACUGAAGCAAGAAAACCUUAUUUCUGAAGAAAAGCUCAAGAUGGUAGAAAACUGCUUCACAACACUUGAAGUGACUAUGAUACAGUAAAGGCUUUCAGUUACUGUUCUACAGUAUCUUUUCAGCCUCUUGACUGCCCUUUUGAACAAAAUAAGUUUUGAUUCAGUCAUGCUAUUUUAAAUAUCUAAUGCAAAUUGUGUGAAUAGCAAAUACUCUAAAUAUUACAUCAACUCCUAUCAAUGCUAGAUGGUAGGCCAUUGCCCAUAAAAUAUGACUUGCAAGUGAGCUUUAAAGGAAAAGCUAAAAUUGUUAGUCUUGUUAAAGUAUGUAAAGUGAAUCAAUAAAAAUAAGUUUAACUUUUCCAGAUGCAGGCUUCCCUGAAACAUGCAAAUCUUGCAUUUGGGGCAGCAGCAGAAUGGACAGUGUAACUGAGUAGAAUGGAAAAUUAUAAAACAGCUGUCAUAAGGAAAAAAAAAAGUCUCCUGGUUCUCUUUCAAACCAGUAAGGAGGUACGUAAUACACAUUGUCCAGUGAGGCCACAAUUACUCUUUGGUCUUCUGUUCAUCUAGCAUUAAUUCUGAUAGCUUUUUGUACAUUUUGACCUUAUUAAAUUCGACCAUAUUAUUUUUUUCUGCAAUAAAAGGUGUGUCCAUUCAUUUAGUUUUGUUUUGUUUUUUAUGAGAAUAUUACUACAAUGAACAGGUGCCGCUCCUCUUUCUGUGCUGAUGGAAUAUUCCACUCAAAUGAAAAGAAACAAAUAAAUAGGGAUUUUUUUGUGGUUAGUAAAAAGGAAAACUAAAUAUUCAGUGAGUGCUAUCUGCUCAGCUUUGAUCAUGAUGCAAUCUGUGUCUGUAUAUAUAUUCAUGUACACUGAAUAGUAUACUGAAGAAAACAAUGCUUUAUAGAGCAAAGGGACAGAAUCUGUCACUUUUUCUAUAGCUAAUUCUUCAAGAAGUGGGAUAUUGAGAUUAGAAAUCUGCUCCCCUGUAUUGAUUGUAUUAACAGUUUCUAGUGUGCAGGACAUGCUUAUUCUGUCAGCAUGCUACCGAUUAGAGCUAGAGUUCAGUGUGUAGUGACUGACAUUCUUGAGGGGCUUUGAUGUACUUUCCUACUAUUCAAGCAUCUCUCCCACCACCGGUUCAGUAUAGGACCGGACCUAAUGUGUUUCUUUGCAGUGAAUUACCUGUGCUCUCUGUUGGAUUCAUUCUGAAACUUUCCGGGGAAUUUUUUGAUUAUUAAAUUGAGGAUCCAAGCAACAGUGAUUACAAAGUUGACCUGCAACUGGAGAAGUUAUAAACUAGUAAAAUUUCAGAAAAAAAUCCUGAUAGCAAUACUGAGAAUGUUUCUUGUGGCAUAGAGGCAUAGGUAUAUAAACUUGGGAGAAAAAAGAUCCUUACUUUUUUUUUUUUUAUGGACUAUCUUGGGAAUACAACAGAAAAAAAAAACUUAGUAAGCAUGUCACCAAGUUUAUGAAUUUCUCUCCUACAGGAUAAUUUGAGCUAAUGAGACUUGGGUGGGCUUAAAUGUUCCUCUGCCUUUCUACUUUGCACACAACUUUUUAUACCAGAUAGGUCAUUGUUUAUGCUUAAGUUAGCUAUUCUCAGCUGAGCCUAUUACCUUAGUUGCUGCCCAAAGUAACCUCUACUCUUUUCAAGCAGGGUAUUACAGCUUUAUUAUUCUAUUUUUUUAAAUUUAUUUUCUCAUGUCUAACAAUAGAUGUUAAAUAAUAUGACAGCCUGUUAACCUUGAGUGUUCAAGUAGAGCUGUGUGAAUUUACCAGUUUUCCUUAAUUCUGAAUUUUAUGCUUGAUUGCUCUCUGUUAGAUUAUAGUCCCUCUCAUCCAGUGAUUUUUGCAGCACUGAUCAGCAUCACGAACUUUACUUUGAAAAAGGCCAGAGAUGGAAAACUAGAUGAUUUUGCAUGUAGCCUUCCUCAGAGCCAGUCUUGCAGUGAUGAAGAGGCUGAACCACCACAAAACAGUCUGCAGUUUGACCAGAAUUGGUGCUUUGUUUUGUAAAUGGUUGUUGCAAAUUGAUUCCAAUAAAUUAUUUUGGGCAGA